ACAGAAUGCUUUAAACAAUGCUGGUUCAUUCUUCACAUGCGCUUCCUUAGUUAAAAUACAUCAAAAUCCAGAGCUUUUUAGUAAAGUAAGAGUGAAAUGGUAUAAUAUGGCGUGGCAUUGGUAGAAGCCGUCGGCCGUCCGUAACAUGCAUUGCACGCUGUUUUCAUCUAAAAUCCUGAUCACUUCUCUAAUUCUCCCAAAUGCAUUAUGGUUAACUGUUGUAUACAUCGGAGACAAAUGAAGCCAAUACCACUUUCCAUCCGCCGUGUACAAUGGUCGCGACGCAUUGUAGCAUUUAUGGCGUCGUAAGCCUGAUCCGCUUCUACAAGAAGUUACAUAUUCUUGGCAUUUGUGGGUUUAUUUGGAUAUAACAAGCGUGUGCAACCUUCAGAUUUUCGCGAUUUCUACCGUUGAGGUGCAUGAAAUGAUUAAAAGCUGUGUUUCUCGUUGUUGAAUUACAGCUUUUGGUCUCCAACAUGGGCUUGUCAUCUGUUAUUUGCUCGGGAAGUGAGGGCCGGGUUAGCUAGCUGUGGUGCGCGGCGGUUCUUGACAGCCGAGUAUGAUAUUAAAAUCAUCCAGCUUGAUCUUUGCAAUAUGUUUGCACGAAGCUUUGACAAAGUUCCAGCUGAUUCGACCGAAAUGUCUUAUUAUUUCCAUAGGUGAUUGAUUCUGGUGUAAAACUGAGUCAAAAUGGCCGCAGCUUGGUUGCCAUUUGCUCGGGCGGCGGCUAUCGGGUGGGUACCGGUAGCCCCCAACCCAAUGCCGGUUCUCCCCGAGCGGCGCCGCAAUGAACACUUCGGACGUGUGUGUAUCAAUAUCAGUGGUAGGAAGUUCGAAACAUGGAGGCACAUGCUCGACAAAUACCCUGAUACAUUAUUAGGAAGCAGUGAAAAGGAAUAUUUCUACGAUGAGGAAUCAAACCAGUAUUUCUUUGACAGGGACCCAGACCUGUUCCGCCAUAUCUUGACUUUCUAUCGCACAGGUACUAUGCACUUCCCAAGGGAAGAAUGCAUUGCAGCAUUCGAUGAGGAAUUGGCAUUUUUCGGACUCAUGCCCGAAAUCAUAGGUGAUUGUUGUUAUGAAGAUUAUCGUGACAAGAAGCGUGACAACCAAGAAAGACUAAUGGACGAGAGGAUCUCGGAGAUGACGGACAAUGAACCUCUCGCUAACCUCCGAGAGAAAAUGUGGAGAGGAUUUGAAAACCCCACAACCGGAACACCCGCUACUGUUUUUUAUUAUGUGACAGGUUUCUUCAUUGCCGUGUCCGUCAUAGCAAACAUUGUAGAGACUGUUCCAUGUUCUCCUCUACCUGGUACUGUGACUAUGUUAGCUUGCGGUGUACGCUAUGAACGGUCCUUCUUUUGCCUCGACACAGCCUGUGUCAUGAUCUUCACUGUGGAAUAUCUACUCAGACUAUAUGCAGCUCCCAGCAGAUUGAAAUUUGCCCGGAGUGUGAUGUCCGUUAUAGAUGUAGUGGCCAUUCUGCCCUACUACAUCGGCUUGUUCUUCAAAGACGAUAGCCUCAGUGGCAUGUUCGUCACACUCAGAGUAUUUCGUGUCUUCAGAAUUUUCAAGUUCUCGCGGCAUUCACAAGGAUUACGCAUAUUGGGAUAUACACUAAAGAGUUGUGCUAGUGAACUAGGAUUCUUACUCUUCUCUAUGUCCAUGGCGAUUAUUAUAUUUGCCACCAUCAUGUUCUAUGCUGAAAAAUACUCAAAGAACACCAAGUUUUACUGCAUUCCUGCAGCUUUCUGGUAUACAAUUGUCACCAUGACCACGCUAGGAUAUGGUGACAUCGUGCCGCAGUCCAUCAUAGGUAAAAUUGUAGGUGGAGUUUGCGCACUGUCCGGGGUUCUUGUAAUAGCGUUGCCAGUUCCUGUUAUCGUCUCCAAUUUUAGCCGAAUCUACCAUCAGAGUCAAAGAGCAGAUAAAAGGAAAGCCCAAAGAAAAGCAAGACUCGCACGGAUAAGAUUAGCCAAAAAUGCGAGCGGAAAUGCCUUUGUAUCACGGAAGAAAGAAGCAGAUAGGUUACAGCGGAGUGGAGUUAGCAGUGAUGACAUGAAUCUCAAGUAUAGUCCAUACGAAGCCCAACAUCAUCACUUGCUCAGUUGUCUGGAGCGAACAACGGUAAGUUUAACCUCCUUGAUAUUAAAUGAAUACAACAUUUAUGAAUUCAUUGAAAUAUUAUAUAUCUGACCUGUCUUCUAAACUAAGCUUAUGUAGUACUAUUCCAUGGAUGGCCAUCAUACUGUACAUGUAGGUAUCCACUUUUUCAAGAAUGGAGAAUGGAAGUCAAUCAGAAAAGAGGUCAAAGACAUACCAGUAGGUGUAUAGGGAGUAAAAUACAUUAUUGCUCUCAUAUGUACAUGUAGUACUCCUCAGUAAAAAAACAAAAUCCACCAAAAUAUCUCAGCAGAAUCUGUAGCUUAAAUACAAGAAAUUGCCACUUCACUCAUUCAUUUCUGUGUGGAUAUAUUCAUUGUCACUAUAUCUUCUUGUAGCUUGAAUAUUUUACAAUUUUUUUUCACAGCUUGCAUUAUAAAUAUCCAUGUGGCUGCUUGACAUCUGAGCAUGAUUUGCCCUUCUUUCUCAUCAACCAGUCGUGCUGUGUUGAUUGUGUAAGUUGGGUUGAUCUGUUUGGAUAACGGUGGCCCUAAUCACAUCUUUUGAUUGAGAAGAUGAAUUCCAUAACAGACUACCAUUCAAGUCCUGCACUGCUCAAGUCAUAUGGGCAUUGAGAUCCUGUUCAGACGAAAUGACAUUUAUAUGAAACUCUUCUAUAAAAAAAAACAUUGUAAAAAGAAUCUUUGUAAAGGGGUAGGGGCAUAUACACUAGAAUAACAUCAUUGUAUAAAGAAACGUUGAAUAAAUAAACUACGGAAAUUUUGAAGAGGUCUGUUGGCCCAAUCAUCAGUGCAUGCCCAGUUUUACUUUUUUUUUAAAUAUACAACAGCAGACAAGAAAAGGAUCCUGACUUUUUAUUGAGUUUGUUUUUAAACUGAUGCUCAAACAUGCGUUUCACUACACAAUGAUUUGUUAUACAAUAUUUCUUAAUAUGACUUCAUGACUAAAUUUGUUUUAAAUUGUGUAUAGCUAUACAAUUUUGUAUUACUUUUGGUCGUCUGAUCAGGGAGUGAAAUGGUUCUUUAGAAAGAAGAUAAUUACAAACCAGCAGCUGUGUUGAGAGAUUAAAAUGACCAGGGGCUACGGAUUCCAAUGAUAGCAAAUCAGAACCCACAUAGCACUUGUGAUUAAAAUCUUUGUCUAUGUCUGCUUUCUUUUUCUAAAGAGGCUUUCGUCAGUUCUUCCAUAAUAAUGUAGAUAUGAUAUGCCUAAGCUGGAAGUUCUGUACCAUGAUUUAACACACGCACAACUAUGUAAUGCUUAAUAUUUCUGUUAUUUAGUUUAAA